AUGGGAAGCUCGCAAAGAAAAUACAAGCAAUUGAGAACCAAGGUCUGUGUGGGACUCCCUAAGAAGAACCCUAGGCUUUUCAAACCCUCUUUCUUUGUUCCACCCAAUCUCUUGCGAACCCUAACUGAAGAGCCUCAAUGGGACAACCAAGGCACGGUUAACAACAACUACUCCUCCUUCGGCGUUCUCUUCGACCCUAACUCCCUCACUGAGCCUUCUCCCAAUCCUCAAACCUUCAAUUCUGGCCACUAUCUCGAAGAAGACGACUUGAAAUCAGCCCUAGGAAAGAAGCGAAGGAAUGGGAGAAACGUGCUGCCUCAGCCUCUAAUUACAAUGCAACGGAUUCAUAUUAGUCGCCUUGUCGAUAAAUACGAAGAUGAUUAUCAGAGUAUGUUAAUGGAUAUAAAGUUGAAUUCGAUGCAACAUUCAAUUGGAACCUUGCAGAAGCUAUGCAUGAGGUAUCAUAUAUACCAAAACAAGAACCCUCUCCUUAAGGCCAAAUGAAGUGGGAGCUUAAUUAAUUAA